AUGAUGACGAAAAUCAACCAAACGUCCCUCGUGCUAAUACGCGGGGAUAUUACACGGGAACAAGUCGAUGCGAUCGCCAACGCUGCCAACGAGCGACUCAUGGGCGGCGGUGGCGUCGAUGGUGCCAUUCACCGCGCUGGGGGACCAGCCAUCGCGGCGGAAUGCAGCGCCAUCCGCGCCAAGCAGGGUGGUUGUCCAACGGGCCAAGCCGUAAUCACGACGGGGGGCAAUCUUCCCGCGAAGCACGUCAUCCACACUGUGGGGCCGAUCUGGCGGGGCGGAACUGCUGGUGAGGCCGAACUUCUUGCUAGCUGUUAUCGGGAAAGUUUAAGGCUUGCAGUGGAGCACGGCAUCAAGACGAUUGCCUUCCCAUCCAUCAGCACCGGCGUGUACGGUUAUCCGGUCGCGCAAGCCGCGGUCAUCGCGCUCAACGCGAUAAGGCAGUUCCUCAAAGCACACGAUGGUCUCGAUGAGGUGCGUUUCGUCCUCUUCGACGAUGCGACAUACGGCGCUUACGAGAAUGCCCUUUUGGACAUGGGAGUGUAA